AAUAGGCUUACACCGAAGAAUAAUAUUGCGUAGCAAAAUAGAGGUUUCUCAAAAGGAAUUUCCUAAGGAGAUUUUCGACGCAACGUUCAAGAAUAGAAUGAUGUAUUUUCUCAAGGACUAUUUAACAGUGAGCACACUUUGUGCGUACUCAUUCAGAGCGAGAAGAUACCUUGCAGACAUAACUGUUGAUAAAAAUAACAGAAAAAUAAAAUUUUAAUAUUUGAGAGUGAAAAUAUUGGAUCUUACAGACGAUUAUACAAAGAAAAUAUGGGUCACGACAAGUUGUCUAUCGUGAGCUUUAAUUCGUCUCGAAAAGGACUGAAUUCCUUGCCGGACGUCCACAGGAGCCCAUAUCUACAGAGAAUUCUCGAGGCUUCUGAGCCGGAAAUUUGCCUAUUGCCCGGUGAUGACAAAACCGUGUCUAUGAACUCGGUGAAAGGUUAUGGACAAUACAAGGUCCCAUCUGCCGACGGGACAGUUCUGUUGUUUGACAACAACAGGGUUAGGAUGAGAAGUCCCAACGUCAGUUUCAACACAUUUGGGCCAUUGCCUGGACUUGACAUGGACAACAUGGUUUGUCCUGGCGUGGAAGUUCUGUCAUUGACACCUUCCGGGAACCAGUCGGUAGUCAAGGAAUUUUCCAUGGUCACAUGGAAGUAUACUAUGUCCACCGAAACCAAAGUCAAAAUCGAGACUCUUGCCGAGAGCUUGAUCUUGUUCUCACAGCGUCUGGCAUUGUUGACGGGAAAGCCUGUUUUAGUUGGAGGGGAACUGACCAUUGACCAUGGAUCCCUUAAAGAAAUCGUAGGAAAGCUGUCGAAGGAUGGUCAAGAAAUGUUUCUAUCAGGAGUCCAGCCUGAGAUGGAAAAGCUUGGCUAUCUGCCAUCGAUGGCAAAGGGAUCGCUUCGAGAUCAGCGUCAUCUGUUCAUGAUGAACGUGUUUAAAUGUAGCAGUGGCACGAACGGCUUAGGCCAUAAGCGGAACGAAGCACUUGUUUCAGAUUGUUUCAUUGCAUCUAAAGCUUUAGAGCUUACUGAAGCGAAGCUCGUCGAUGUCGAGCAGGUAACUGGACGACAAAUAAAAAUGGAAAUGCUUCGCAAGCACUGUCCCACGGAGACAAGCGUCCACAUUCCGCAGCGACCACCAAGGCACCAUGGUGGCUAAGUGUUAUGUAUCGAAAUAUUUGGUCUGAACUGAAUGGGGUAUGAAACACUUAUUUAAAGACUUGCUGACCAAUUCGACUAUGACAGUGUUUGAAAAUUGUUGCAAUAAAAUAACAAUACCGACGUUAUUUUUUUUCUCAUCGGAUGCUCAUUUGAAAGGUACUAAUAUGAAGAGUGCAAUGGAUCAUACAGACGGGUGUUUGCCGUAUGAAAUGAAAAGGUAUGCAAGCCCACAUCUCCGAAAUCUUCAUUGUUGCAAAGGUUUUAAGGAAUGAAAUACAGUAAAACUGCUGAGUAAUAGCGACACACAUCUAAAGAUGAAUGAAUGCUGACAUCAUUGACAUCGGAUGAGCUUUUGUUAUCAUGGAAACAUUCAUACAAAACCGACGAAUAUAACAUAUACAAUACGGAUUCAACGGUGUGCGAAUGUCUUUUACCGUGAAAUAUUUUUUGAGUUGUAUUAUAUUUAAUGAUUAAGUUUUGUAGAUAUAAACAAUUGAAGUGGUUAACUUCUUUGAUUAUUUAAAAUAGUAAUUUACUUAAAUUUGAGUGCAAUGUUUACAUUUCUUACUAUAAGUUUGUUAACUGGAAAACCAGAUUAGGCUAUAUGUAUAAAUAAAUAUGUUUUCUAAAAAUAAACGAAACGAAAAGCUAUAAAUAGAAAUACAGCUAAUAUCAAUAUGUCUGAUAAAGGUGACGCAUUGUAUGAUGUUUCAAGCGCAUAUAACUAUUUUUUGUAAAAAUGUUUGAAUACUUCCUUAUGAAAAUAUGUAUGAAAAAGAUAUUCAAAGUACAUUUUUUAUAAGUUAAACAAUGAAGUCUGCACUAUAAAUGUUAUCUCAUAAAACUUUUAAUUUAAAGUUGUAUUUUUGUUAUACACCCACAGAGCGGAUAUUUAUUAUGACUAUGCUGUUGUUCAAAAGCAAGAUUGUCUUUUUUUAUAACAUGCAAUGUUUGUUUAAAAUAUCCAAUAAAAGUGUAUGACACAA